GGACCCCAGAGAGGGAGGGCAGAAAGCACAGCAAGAGUGAGUGACUGAGUGUUCGGCUGAGUGGCACCUCGGAGCAAAGACGUUUAGCGGCAAGAUCAGAGGACCUUUUGAGCGGAAAGAGAAAAAGAGAGAGUGAGAGAGAGAGAGAGAGAGAGAGAGAGAGAGAGAGAGAAAGAGAGAGAGAGAUCGCAACGACACCAAGCUCAGCCCAGCCCGGGCCAUGUCCUGCUAGAGAGGACCACGCUGCACCUGCACUGGAAUAACCCAGAAAGACCUCUGGCACAUAGGGGGGAAAAGCUGUCACUCACGCUUUGGAACAAUCUCUGGCUGACGUUGGGGCGCUUGUGAUCAGCAGCACGGACAGAUGUUUCCAGUAAAGCAGCCCUGGCUAUGCAAAGCCUUAGGUUGUUACGACUGCUGUGUGCGCUGCCUGGGUGCAGUGCCCUAUGCCAGUCUGGCGGCCACCCUGCUGUGCUAUGCGGGCAUGGCUCUGUUCUGCGUCAGUGCGCAUCAGGCACUGGCAUAUACUGAGGAACUUGUUGAGAUGCACUUUGCACGGAACAUCCAGGACUACGUUGUUCUGGCAUCAUUUAUUAAGUACUUCCAGUAUGUUAUCUACGGUCUGGCCUCGUUCUUCUUCCUUUUCGGCAUCCUGCUGCUGGCUGAGGGAUUCUACUCCACCAGUGCUGUCAAACAGAAGUUUGGAGAGUUCAGAAGCACACAAUGCGGUCGCUGCUUAAGUCUGACGUUCGUCAUAGUGACGUACAUCCUGGCGGUCAUCUGGCUGGCAGUGUUCGCAGUGUCCGCCAUCCCAGUUUACUUCUUCUACAACAUGGAGGACACCUGCCAUACCAUCAACAUCCUGUCCGAGACCACCACCAGCAUCAACCAGCACGCAUGGGUUUGCAUGGAUGCUAGGCAGUAUGGUUUACUUCCCUGGCACGCAAUGCCAGGAAAAGCCUGUGGGAUGACCCUGGCAUCCAUCUGCAAAUCCAGCGAGUUCUUCUGGACCUAUGACCUGUACAUUGCUGCCUUUGCUGGAGCAGGGGUGACACUGCUGGCACUGUUCCUUUACCUGGUGGCCACCACUUAUAACUAUGCAGUCCUGCGUUUCCUGGGAAGGAAGGCAAUGCGUUGCUAGGUGCCGCGUCCCCAGACACUCUGUCUUGCCGCUGUGCUUUGCUCUUUGUUGUCGGCUAUCGGGUCCAUGGGGAAAUCAUAGCAGAGCUUCAUGAAACUCUCUUCUCGUGAAACACCUGCUCACUGGGACAAAAUAAACCAUCGCAGAACCCACAUACAAAAGAACACACGUUACCUUACACCAGUGCAACUAUCUUUGAAAGGCUAGUUAUUUGGGACACGAAUACGAUCUGGGGGGAAAAGUGAUGUGAUUCAGGUAUGGGUGAGAUGAGGUAGUUUGUACUGCUAGCAAUUUAGUUUGAGCAUCAGGAUAAGAGUUGAAUACAGGUUUGGCUCUCUGUCUAACACCAGGUUAGGAUCCCUUACCACGCAAAGCCUGCUUGUCACUCUUUUGGCAUGAGUUUAGUGGUUCAUGACCCUUUACCAUACCUUUCCCAACAUCUGGGUACUUCCUAGUCUAUAUUUGGUUAGGGCCUUUGAGAUAACCAUGGCAGUGUAUAUCAUAUUGCUGCUGGUUUGCUAUUUGCUUUGCUGCCUUUAUAGCCAUGUUUUACACACCUGCCCAAGCCCUUGUGUUUGUACUGUCUGUGUCUGUUGUUCACUCGUGCUGCCCCGCUGUAGCUUGAAUGCUACUAUUUAUUUAGAAUUGAUAUAUGUAACCGUCGUUAAACAAUAAUAAAUACAUACCUGUCAUUGGCAAAGCAAUGUUCUAAAUGGCUUUCAGGUAAUGAUGAAGAGAAUUGGUGCUACCUGUCUUUUUUUUCCAUUUAUUUCAAACACUCUAAUCCACUCUCCUUUCCUCUCUCAUCUGCCUUUUGCUAUCUCUCCUGUCCUUCUUCUCCCAACACAGCUAAUGUUAAGUUGAGUGGAAAGUAAACAUAAACAAUGACAAAAGAUUGACCAUCUCCACUAGUUUUUAUUUCUUUUUCAUGUAAUAGCACCACAAUAAUAAGUAUGCAACUGUGAGAAGUAUGUUACACCUUCCAUAAUAUAUUAAAUAAUCUGAAUCCUGUGAGAUUGUUGGUACUGAAACAGUUUAGUUUCUGUUCUAACACACAGCUGUGUUGAUGGGGAUGUGCAAGUGUUCACAUGAAGGUCAAUUCACCUGCAAAUAAUAUGGAAUAAAUUCACAGUUUUAUUAA